ACAGUUGUACAACAUACAAAUCUGAUCAUUGUACAAUUUUAAACGAAUAUAAUCCAUCUGAUUUCUGAAAGUGAAUUUGAAGACAUACAUCUUAUUUUGAAAUAAUGAGGAGUGUUCAUUUCCGUAUUCUGCUAAUUCUUCUCAGUUUAUUAAUCAGAAAACCAGUUGAAACGAGAGUUACAAAUCCCGUCAUCAUAUCAACAAAUAGUUCAAAAAAGGAUUCAGUUCUUCCACCCGAUCAAGAAGGCGAAAACCAAGAUGGCAGUGAGACAGACCCAGAAAAUGCGCGUGCAGAAAUGUUUUUACGCCAAGAAGUACAGUUCCAAAACUUUCUAAAUCUGAUCCAAGUAAUCGAAGAGGAUGUUCCUGACUAUGGAACUGCUGCGACACCCUCUGUAAGGAAUGAAACUGUUAUCAAAAACCCAAAUCUUCUGUCUGAUCCUAAUCCUGUAUCUGAUCAAUCUGGACCAUUCAAUAGCAUUCAUCCUAAACUAGAACCUGCCAAAACACAAAAGCAAAGUCCUGAAAAUCCUGGAAAUAAACAUGUACAUAAUGUACAGCAAGAGUUUACAAAUACGUUUUCCAAGAUGAAUGCAGAGAAGAAAACUAAUGAAUCCAAAGGAAGAAAUCAGACAAAUCUACCAUUUGUUCAACCUGAGAUUAUUGUUCGGAUUAAACCUGUCAAUGGAACUAGCCAUGAUUCAGGUAUUCCACGUGAAAGAGAUCAAGCAGAAGCUGGCAAGGUUGAUGGGUUGAACCAAGGGGAGAAGGAGGGUCAACCUAAGAAUUCUGAGCAUGAUACGGAAAAUAGGAAUGAUGAUGAUUACAAUGGAGUUCUACCGUACUGGAUGACCUACUCGUACUGGUUCGGCAGAACAAGAUAGUUUUCAUCAAACCAUCUUUAUUAUGCAUUUUUAAACCUUUUAGAAUAGUAUAAUCAUUAAAGGGACUGGAAACUCCCUGGAAGCUCAAAAUAUAUAA